AGACAGAGAAGUAGAAACGCGCUAUAUGACGUCAUUUGCUCUGCGACACAAACACUGAAUGUAACAUGUAGCAUAAGACCCAUGUUACAUGCGGCUUUUCUGGAUUUGAAAGCUACUAUGAGAUUGUUCCAGUGACCAGACGAUUACAGACGAAUCUAUGACGAUGUGACGGCCAGUGUAGCUGGAGGCGAGGAGCAGCACAUGUUGAAGCGGCGGGCCUUAGACGAGGACAGGCGGGCGGUGUGAGCUCCGUGUCGGCGUCCGGGAUGGAGACGUGGACCCCCAAUCCCCGAGCCAAGCCGUUCGUCCCCCGCCAACAGAGGAGCUUGUACCUCAGCUGGAAAUACAAGAUAACCAACAAGAGGACCAUUCGACGGCUUUGCCAGGCUGGUGCCGUGCUGUUUCUUCUGAUAACGGUUAUAGUCAACAUUAAGCUCAUUUUGGACACAAGGCGAGUAGCUAAUGAAGAUGCAGAAGCACAGGAAUAUGAGGAUGCAGUGCCCAACAUGGAGACACCACGCAGGCCUGCUAAUGGACGGAAAGUCCUCGACAUCGAGGUCUACUCCAGCCGCUCCAAGGUCUAUGUGGCAGUGGAUGGAACCACGGUUUUGGAGGAUGACAUACGGGAGCAGGGCAGGGGCAUCCACGUGAUCGUUCUAAACCAGGCAACUGGUCAUGUGAUGGCCAAGAGGAUAUUCGACACCUAUUCUCCCCAUGAAGAUGAAGCCAUGAUCCUCUUCCUAAACAUGGUUACACGGGGUCGAGUCCUCAUCUUUACUAUAAAGGAUGAGGGAACAUUUCACCUGAAGGAUGCUGCGAAGAACCUGCUGAAGAGUCUCGGCAGCCAGGUGUCACUCGGCUUGAGCUGGAGAGACAUGUGGACCCUGGUGGUGAAGAAAGGAGGUCAGGUGUAUGGCGAGAAACAGUCAAAAUCUCCAGCUCUGUCCACGUGGGGCGACCCAGUGCUGCUGAAGACCGAGGUACAACUCACUGCCUCAGAAGAGGCAGAGUGCCACUGGGCAGAGACAGAGCUGAAUAGGAGGAGGAAGCUGUUCUGCAGCAAAGUAGAAGGAUACGGCAGCAUCUGCAGCUGCAAAGACCCGGCACCCAUCGAGUUCAACCCUGACCCUCUCCCCAACAAUAACGUCUUUAACGUCCCCGUGGCCGUCAUUGCAGGGAACAGACCCAACUAUCUGUACAGGAUGCUCAGGUCGCUUCUUUCUGCUCAUGGUGUGAACCCUCAGAUGAUCACUGUCUUCAUUGAUGGAUAUUAUGAGGAGCCUAUGGAUGUUGUGGAGCUGUUUGGUCUAAAGGGGGUUCAACACACACCCAUCAGCAUCAAGAAUGCCAGAGUGUCCCAGCACUACAAAGCAAGUCUGACUGCAACCUUCAACCUCCACCCAGAAGCUAACUUUGCCAUUGUCCUAGAAGAAGACCUGGAUAUCUCCAUUGACUUCUUCAGUUUUCUGAGUCAGACCAUCCACCUGUUGGAUGAGGAUGACAGCCUGUACUGCAUCUCAGCCUGGAACGACCAGGGCUAUGAACACACAGCAGAGGAUCCAGCCCUGCUCUACAGAGUGGAGAGCAUGCCAGGUUUGGGCUGGGUGCUGAAAAAGAGCCUCUACAAGGACGAGCUGGAGCCCAAAUGGCCCACACCUGAAAAGCUGUGGGACUGGGACAUGUGGAUGCGAAUGCCUGAGCAGAGGAAGGGCAGGGAGUGCAUCAUCCCUGACGUGUCCCGCUCGUACCACUUUGGCAUCAUCGGCCUUAACAUGAACGGAUAUUUCCAUGAGGUUUAUUUUAAAAAACACAGAUUCAACACCGUCCCAAAUGUGCAGCUGAAGCAUGUUGAGAGCUUGAAGAAAGAUUCUUAUGAAGUGGAGAUUCAAAACUUGCUGAAAGAAGCCGAGGUGCUGGACCACAGCAAGAACCCGUGUGAGGACUCAUUUGUGCCAGACUCUGAGGGGAAGGUCUACGUCAUGUUCAUACGGAUGGAGACAGAGACGGACACGUCCACCUGGACCGAGCUCGGCAAGUGCCUGCAUGUUUGGGACCUGGACGUGCGAGGCUACCACAAAGGUCUGUGGAGGCUUUUCAGGAAAAGGAAUCACGUCUUGGUGGUCGCUGUGCCAAUCUCCCCAUACUCCAUUAGUGAGUUUGCGUCAAGGAGCAGGUGCUCGGGUCAGAUGAUGAUGAGUGUUGAGCCUCGGCACUUCCACAAAGUGUCCAACACUAGAAUGGAACGCAGCUGGGGCUCUGCAGCGACAUUAGCUACGUCCUGCUCCUCAUCCAGACAUGAUGGUGCAGGCCCUGAUGCUGCCGAUCACCCGAACCAGGUGCAAAGAGCAGCAGGGUUGGCUGCUCCCCGGUCUGAGAGGCCACACACACUAACCUGCUGUGACCCAGCAGGAAGGAGCAGCAGUCCCAUCGGCCGCGUUGGUCAGGUGCCAUACUCUUAAAAUCUCAUUAACAGCAUUAGUUUGGUCAUGGUCACUGCUACGGUAUUAAGUCAAUGUUCAAAAUUGCAACUUGAAUAUCAGAAAACACAUUUUUGUGGAUUGCGUUACAUUUUUACAAAUGGAACUGGGGACACCAGAUCUGAGGAUAAUUAAUGAAGUCAUAAAUCCUGUUUGCCUCCAGUUAAUGACAAUUUAAUCUCAGAGUUGACCUGCUCUCGUCACCAGCAGCGUCUGACUCGGGCUUCCCCUCGUUCACCAAUGUGUGGAUCACAUUUCAAUGCAGCUCCAAUAUUUGCACAGUCAUUUGAAUUCAAUGCCGAAUUUGUGUAUUUAGAAACCACCUAUUUACUCUGUGCAGAUAAUCCUCAGACAGAACCACUGUCGGCUCAUCUUAAGUAAUUUGUGUCCUGGACAUUUCAGUGUUUUUUGAUAGAUUUGAAUAUUUUUUUUUAUAGUUUCAUCUCCAGGGUUUGUGGUGUUGUGUGUUUGUCUUCAUUGAAAAGUUCAAACUAAACCAUUGUUCUCUCAGCAAUACUGUUGAAUAUUUUACUGCUAUAAAAAAAUGACAAAAUCCCUGAAUGAUGCCUUUGAGUGACAGGCAGGUUGUGUGGACAUACUGUAAAAUGAAAAUAAUAAAGAGUUUUUACUGAUGUUU